AUGGCGUGGUUACGUUUAGCCGCCUUACUAGCGCUUGUCUCUGCCGUGGCCAGUCAACACGGCACAGUAGGCCGUCCGUGUGAGGUGUCCACCGAUUGCGGAACUGGUAACUAUUGUGCUGGCAACAAGCGAUGCGCCUGCCUCACCACUUAUGUUGAGAUUGACUCGUACUGUUGGCGAAAGAUUAAUCCUGGGGAGUCAGGAUGUACACAGAAUCGACAAUGUGAAGCAGUAUGGCCUGGCGCGUAUUGCCGUUCAGGAGAAUGUCGAUGUGCGAACAACCAACCUCCAUUCCGAACAAGAGAUGGAUUGGUCUGUUUGAAUUACGGCUUCUGCCCAUUGAACGGCAAUAACCCGAAAUUUCGUAUCGAAAAUCAAGUUCAGCAGUGCUAUGGAGGAGCAGACGCAACCUGUGAAGCCAUUGGAGCUCUUGCUUACGAUUGUAUUUGCGAUUCAGACGAUUGUACUGUAAACAAUCCGAUCAGUUUCUGUUGCCCAAGCAGAGCAUUCGCCUGUAUCCAACCUCCCAACGAGGGUUAUACUCCACCUGGUGGUGGCACUACUCUCAACCAUUGGUACCACGAUCCAAUCACUGGUGAAUGUCGAGAGUUAAAAUACCAAGGAUAUGGAGGAAACGCAAACAAUUUCCAAACUAAGGAUCACUGUGAAUCUUACUGUAAACAAACUUGUAACCGCGGUCUUCCGUUGUACAGGGAUCGAACCACAGGCGUUAAGCAGGAACCAGUGUACUGUCAAGGAAAUGACAACGGAUGCAAUAAUCCCAAUUAUCAGUGCACUACGAUGGGCACACUCCAACAGUGCUGUCCUACCUACUUGUUUAUUUGUUCACGAAAUGGAGGUAUUCCUACUGAAGUAUACAACACAGCCGGAGGACUCCCUUCAGAAUAUUUCGAUGUUGGAAUUCCUGAUGGCUCCGGUACCACUUCACCUCGGUUCUACUAUGAUUCGAGAGAAGGACGCUGCAUUCAGUUCUCGUAUCUUGGCCAAGGAGGUAACUUCAACAAUUUCCUGUCUCAGGAUCACUGCGAGAAGUUCUGUUCUAGAAUUCUAUGCUCGGCUGGAGAACCACUGAAAGACUCAUCCGGAGAACGAAACAUGGAAUGCUCUCCAACUGGCAGCGGGGCUAACUCAUGCCCAUCUACUCAUUCCUGUGAAAGUACCUCAGGCUCAACUACAUUCGGCGGUGUUUGCUGUCCACGUCCGCAGUACGUUUGCAAACUUCCUCGUGAGCAGGGUAAUUGUGGAACGUAUUCGAAUCGUUGGUGGUUUAAUGCAAAAACAGGGAACUGUGAAGAGUUCAUAUACUCGGGAUGUCAAGGGAAUGCAAACAACUUCGAAACGUAUAAGGAAUGCCAGGAUUAUUGCCGAGAUGCUAGAAGUGAACCUCAAUGCAUCCAAGGUACAGCGCUUACGGAUUCGAAUGGGAACUUCAUUAUCUGUGGUGGUUCAUCUGCCGCAUCAACCACCUGCCCUGCUAACCAUUAUUGCUACUACGAUGGUACUACCUAUGGAUGCUGUCCGACUCAAGCAUAUACCUGCUCACUGUCCUACAAGUCGGGUGCCUCUUGUGGUCCGGCUGUUACUCGCUGGUAUUACGACUCUACCACAAGGACUUGUCAGACAUACUCUUUUAACGGUUGCGAUGGUAACUCAAACAAUUUUGCAACUCAACAAGACUGCAAAGACUAUUGUCGCGUUGAGUCCUGCCCGGAUGGAGGAGAGGUCUGGAAAGAACAAAAUGGGGCAGCUCGUGCUUGUACCACGAACCGUCAGUGCCCAUCCACGCAUUAUUGCACGCCUGUGACAACGUGGACCGGUACCGUUUACCAAACAAAGUCUCUAUGCUGUCCAUCAAAGAACUAUGUUUGCUCUCAACCCAGAGACGUAGGAGUUCGUUGUUCAAGCACGAGAAUCACUCGAUGGUAUUUCAAUGCCGAUACAAAGACUUGUCAGACUUUCGAGUACAACGGUUGUGAAGGAAACCGCAACAACUUCGCUUCGCAGAAAUCCUGCCAGAAUUAUUGUCUCUCUGAAGCUUGUCCACCAGGCACGGUAGUUGCCAAAGAUGGCGAUGGUAGUCGACUAGUGCAGUGCAGCAAUCCUGGAGGUAAUGGUCGCGUUUCUGGUGGCUGUCCUGACGGAUACACUUGCUACUCCUCUCCACUUCUGGAUCAAAACGUGUGUUGUGGAGCCAGCACUGAAUUGCAAUCUCUUUGUCCGACUUCUUCAACACCAUUUAUCUCCGCACUUUCUCUGCAGCCUAUGCAGUGUACACCGAAUGUGGAUGGAGCGUGCCCUGGAAACUUCUUCUGUUGGUUCUCAACCACCGCCACUUCUGUCAACGCAUUCUACUGUUGCCGCUCUCCCGAUAGUGUCGACACCGGCUAUUGUCCACCUCAGCUAAUCCCAGUUCCUGGCGAAGGUGGCUCACAGUACAAGUACUGUUCACCAUCAGCGCCUUUGAAUGAUGCGAUUCAAGGAUGUGGCGCAAAUAGACAUUGUCAAUUCAGUUCAAACCUGGAGAGAUAUAUUUGCUGCGGACUUGAAUCAGAUGUCCGAUUGCCAAACGUCUGUCCACCACAGCCGGCUAAUCUUGUUCCAGUAGAACUUGCCGGAAACUAUCGUACAUGCAACCCAUAUGCUCGUGCCGGAACUCCACAAAGUUGUCCGGACAAUUCUGCGUGUUUGUACACUGGCAACGACAAUGGUUUCAUUUGCUGUCGGGUACAGCUGGGUGGUGGAAAGGCGUAG